CCUUGCUGUAAAAGGGAAAAGUCUGAGAGGCGUUUGGAAUGUGGGGGCGUAGCCUGCCCGGGGCUCGCCUUCUCAUGAAUAUUCAGAAUACGGGGGGAGGGGUCUUAACCCUUUACCGGCUGCCUGGCCGGAAGGCAGCCCCUCCCCCCCGCGGGCGGGAACAGGAUAUGAGCCCGGGCGGCUGGGGGGGAGGGGAAGCCCCAGGCGCCCGCCCCCCGCCUCACAGCUGGGACCGGACUCUCCCGCCACAGAUGUGGCGCCGCCGCCGUCAGAGCCCCGUGAUACUCAUCCCAGAGCCUGAGGGGUCCAAAGUCGUGGACUCCGGAGUCGCGAGUCUCUGCACCGUGCCCUGAGAGACCCCAAAGCUCAGGCUAAAGGAACGCAGAUACCCAGGUGCCCAGCGCCCCCUCCUGGAGGAGCCGGGAGGCCGAGCGAUCCUGCAGGCCGAGCUUCCUGCACCCCGGCUUAAAGAACUUGGGAUCCCAGACCGGUGAUUUACCUCCAGGGGUUCCCAGAUAUCCGAACCCAGAUAUCCGAACUCGGCAUACGGACUCCUCGCGCCCCAGCCAGUUCUGUUUGGGGCUAAAACGCCCGCUACUUCAAGGGGACCCAGGAAUUUGGGACUCCCCUGCGCUCCCGCCUGGAGAUGGUUUAAUCUCUGCUCCAAGAGUUAGGGAACUCAGGAAUCCGGUCGCCCCACGGCCCUAUCUAGAAGACUCAGGAGUUUGGGUCCCCAGCGCCCCAUCUGAGACCCAGGAGUCGGGACUCCCAGCAUCCCUCACUUAGAGGACCAAGAAAUUCGGACCGCUGCAUCCCAUUCUCCGAGAGACCCCGGAUUCUGAUUCCCGGAGCCUGAGAACCCGAAGUUCACGCCCCUGACUUGCAGAGACCCAGGAGUCCGGCUGUGCGCCUCCCCGGGGACCGUGCUAGGGUCGAAUAAGAAUCGAGCAGCCUCGGUUCGGGGCUGGAGACUCCCUGGGAGCAGCCGCUGAGCCACUCAGCCAUGCCCGAGGGAGCCCGUGGACCGAGCCUGUCCAAACCCAGCCCUAGCCUUGGCCGUGGCCCCACAGGUGAAGUGUGUGACUGUGCAGCUGUGUGUGAGCCCCAGACAGCAGCCCCUGCAGCCCCUGCCAUGGCCUCCCCCCGAGGUUCUGGGAGCUCCACAUCCCUGAGCACGGUGGGCUCUGAGGGGGACCCGGCUCCAGGGCCCACCCCAGUCUGCUCAGCGUCCAGGCCAGAACCCCUUCCAGGGCCCCCCAUCCGCCUGCAUCUGUCACCCGUGGGGACCCCGGGUUCGGCCAAACCCUCGAGGCUGGAGCGAGUGGCGCGAGAGAUCGUGGAGACAGAGCGGGCCUAUGUCCGGGACCUUCGCAGCAUUGUGGAGGACUACCUGGGCCCUCUGCUGGAUGGUGGGGUCCUAGGGCUGAGCGCGGAGCAGGUGGGCAUACUGUUUGCCAACAUCGAGGACAUCUACGAGUUCAGCAGCGAGCUCCUGGAGGACCUGGAGGGCAGCCGCAGCGCGGGGGGCAUUGCCGAGUGCUUCGUGCAGAGGAGUGAGGAUUUUGACAUCUACACCUUGUACUGCAUGAACUACCCGAGCUCCCUAGCCCUGCUCCGGGAGCUGUCGCUGUCCCCGCCCGCAGCCCUGUGGUUGCAGGAGCGCCAGGCCCAGCUCCGCCACUCACUGCCCCUGCAGAGCUUCCUGCUGAAACCCGUUCAGCGGAUCCUCAAGUACCAUCUGCUGCUGCAGGAGCUAGGCAAGCACUGGGCGGAGGGCCCGGGCGCCGGGGGCCGCGAGAUGGUGGAAGAGGCCAUUGUGUCCAUGACCGCGGUCGCCUGGUACAUCAACGACAUGAAACGCAAGCAGGAGCACGCCGCGCGCCUCCAGGAAGUGCAGCGGCGGCUGGGCGGCUGGACUGGCCCGGAGCUCAGUGCUUUCGGGGAGCUGGUGCUGGAGGGCGCGUUCCGAGGUGGCGGAGGGGGCGGCCCCCGACUUCGAGGGGGCGAGCGGCUGCUCUUUCUAUUCUCACGGAUGCUGCUCGUGGCCAAGCGCCGGGGACCGGAGUACACCUACAAGGGACACAUCUUCUGCUGCAACCUGAGCGUGAGUGAGAGUCCUCGAGACCCUCUAGGGUUCAAGGUGUCCGAUCUGACCAUUCCCAAACACAGGCACCUGCUCCAGGCCAAGAACCAAGAAGAGAAGAGGCUAUGGAUUCACUGUCUCCAGCGCCUCUUCUUUGAGAACCACCCCGCCUCCAUCCCUGCCAAGGCCAAACAAGUUCUCCUUGAAAACAGCCUGCACUGUGCUCCUAAAAGUAAGCCUAUCCCAGAGCCCCUGACACCCCCGCUUGGGUCUCCCCAUCCUCGGGAUGCUAGAAGUUUCACCCCUGGACGAAGGAACACAGCCCCAUCUCCAGGACCCUCUGCCACCCGCCGUGGCCGCAGACAGUCCGAGCCAGUGAAGGACCCGUAUGUUACAUUUCCACAGAACGCUAAGCCUAGACUCAAGCAUGCUGGCAGUGAGGGGGAGCUCUACCCCCCCUUAGAGCCUCAGCCACCAGUGCCGGCUUCCGGACCCCCUGAGGACCUGGAGGACUCUGGACCCCCCACGCUGGAACCCUCCGGGACCUCCAUCACUGAAGAGAUCCUGGAACUGUUGAACCAAAGAGGCCUCCGGGAUCCAGGGUGCCCACUGCAGCCAUCCCCCCACGACAUUCCCACGUUCCCUGGAGACUCCCAGGUGCCGGGCGACAGUGAAACCCUCACAUUCCAAGCCCUGCCCAGCCGGGACUCUUCAGAAGAGGAGGAGGAGGAGGAGCUAGAGAUGGACGAACGGGGGCCUUCCCCACUCCACGUCCUGGAAGGACUCGAAAGUUCCAGUGCGGCUGAAACUCGCGACGUUCCCGGCCUUAGCAGAAGUCCAGACGCACCCAGCCUCCCUGAAAUUCCCGGCCUGUCUGAAAUUCCCAAGAUUCCCCGCCUUCCCAGUCUCUCUGACAUUUCCAGUGUUUUUGAAAUGCCCUGCCUUCCAGCCAUACCUAGUGUCCCGGACAUUCCUAGUCUCGCCGGUGCCCCCGCCCUUCCCUGUGACUCAUGGCUCCAGGGACCUCUGCGGGGGCCCGAUGAGGCUCUAGCCACCAGGAGAGAACUGGUCCCCGGAGGCAGCUCGGCAAAACUGGGAGAACCCUCCUCCGGCGGCAGGGCAGGGCGGGAGGAGGCUGAAGAAGGGGAACCGUUCCCAGAUUUCCAGCCCCAGGAUGUCCCCCGAGAUCAGGGAUUCCCGGAUGGGCUGGAAUUCCGCUCUUGUUCAGAGAUCCGGAGCGCCUGGCAGGCCCUGGAGCAAGGGCAGCUGGCCCGGCCUGGGUUCCCAGAGCCGCUGCUGAUCCUGGAAGACUCGGAUCUGGGCGGAGGCAGCGGGAGCGGGAAGGCAGGAGCCCCGAGUUCCGAGAGGGCAGCUUCCCGCGUGCGAGAGUUAGCGCGGCUCUACAGCGAGCGGAUCCAGCAGAUGCAGCGGGCCGAGACCCGGGCGUCGGCCAACGCCCCCCGCCGCCGGCCCCGCGCCCUGGCGCAGCCACAGCUGUCCCCCCGCCUGCCCCAAGAGCAGGCCGAGCCAGGGCCCCUGCCUGCCUUCGGACAUGUGCUGGUAUGUGAGCUGGCCUUCCCGCUGACCUGUGCCCAGGAGUCUGUCCCCCUGGGUCCUGCUGCCCGGGCUCAAGCUGUCACACCGCUGUCCAAGCAGGGAGGCGGCCUGGAUGGCCGGGGUCUCCAUGUUUCAACUUCGCCUGACCCCGCCACUACCCCUGUGCCCGAGCAAGGAAGCCCCUGGAAUAUACAGAGUGUGGCUGCAGCCACCACAGCCUUGCCCCGGCAGGAAGACCCCCGAGAUGUGCAGGCGCCCACUGCAGCUUUGCCUGAUCCGGAAGGCCACCUGGAAAUCCAACUUCCAGCUACCGCUUCUUUGCCUGAGCAGAGAGGCCAUGUGGAUGCCCAGGUUCCAACCAGCCCAGCUCUGCCCAGGCAGGGACGCUGUUCUGAUGUCACGGUCUUAGCCACCGCCACUGUGCCCAAGCAAGAAGGCCCCCUACGUAGCCAGAGCCCGACCAGUACCCCGUUAGCUAAGCAAGGAGCUUCCAGGGAUGUUCCGUUCCCAGCUGGUGUUUGCGACCAAGCCGUCAACGUGGAGCAUCUGCACGGAAGCAGCCUGGACCAUCCGACCCCAGGCAGCACGGCACUGCCCUUGCAACAUGACCUCCCGGACGUUCCGGUUCCGGGUGCUUCACCUCUGCCUGCCUGGGAAGGCCCCCCAGACCAUCAGAUCCCAGCCAACAGCCCAGUGUCUUUCCCCCAAGAUCCCUCAGACAUUCAGCUUCUGGGCACCUCACCCUUGCCGGCACACGGAAGCUGCCUAGACCGUCGGAUCCCAGCCAACACCCCACAGUCUUUGCCCCAGAACCUGAAUGUUCCAGCCGCCACACCUUUGCCCCAGCAACCAGGCCUCCCGGACACCCAAGUCCAGGCCCUCCCACCUUUGCCCAAGCAGGGAGGCCUCCCAGACAUCCAGGGUCCUUCUGCUGCACCUUUGCUUCAGGAACAAAGCUUCACAGACCUUCAGGUCCAAAAACUUACACCUUUGUUGGAGCAGAAGAGCCUCCCCGACGUCCGUGGUCCGGCUGCAACACUUUGGCCUGAGCAAAGAAGCUCUCAGGACAGUCAGGGCCUGUUAUCCACCCUGGGUCAGACCACCGUGGUUUUGUCCAAACCAGGAUGCCACUUGGCCUCUCCUGUUGCCAGGUCAGAGUCUUCAGAGUUGACCCCACCCCACAGUCCCCCUCCUCCAACCCGGCAACUCCUGGGCCCCAAUGCAGCUGCCCUCUCAAGAUACCUGGCAGCCUCGUACAUCAGCCAGAGCCUGGCUCGGCGGCAAGGGCCUGGGGGAGAAGCUCCCUUGGCCUCCCGGGGUCCCUGGUCCUCCUCUGCCCCCGCAUCACGGGCCCCUUCACCCCCACCCCAGCCCCAGCCCCCACCCCCCCCAGCCCGGAGGCUCAGCUACGCCACCACGGUCAACAUCCAGGUCGGGGGUGGCGGGCGGCUUCGGCCAGCCAAGGCCCAGGUCAGGUUGAACCACCCUGCUCUCUUGGCCCCCGCCCAGGAGUCUGUGGGCCUUCGCAGGGCCCAGGGAGCUCCUGAUGCCCCGUUCCACAUGUGAGCCAGGAGACCAGGCUUCUUGAAAAGCAAGGACUUCAGCCAGAUGCCACAGACCCUCAGAACUUCACCCAGAAGUCCAGACACUGAACACAGGUGUAGAAAUUGCUGCAGCUUUCCAACUCCUGGGAGCUGCUUUGGCGAAUGGUCCUUUUUACUUACCUUUAUUAACUCAGCAGGGAUGGGGAAGGGGAUGUCAUUAAUAUUUUGUUAAUAUUACGAAGUUAUGUAUCUUUUCCCAUUCUGGAGGCAGUGGGGGGAUGACAAGACAAUGAACGCGAAGGUCGGACACAUGAAUCAGUGGUUCUGAAAACAGGAGGAAUCUCAAACUUGAGAAUUACCGACAACCGCCCAUUACAAUUUGGUGUUUGCUUUUAGGGAGUUUAUGAACUACUCGAUGCCAUCCAGGAAAGGCAAGUUAAGCAGCUUGGUUCCAGGCAGACUUAGAAGUCCAUUUCCUUAGCAAUUUAUCCAGCUCAUGCAUCCUAGCAUCUCAUCUGUUCAGCCGUCUCUAUGUCUAGCCAUCGGCUGUGUGUCCAUCUCCUGCCUGGCUACCUAUCUCAUCUUCCAAUCCAUAUGCCGUGAUUUAGUCAACUCUACCCUAUUCAUCCAUUCAUCAUCCUACCCAUUCUUCCAUCAGUCCAUUCCUCCAUUAUCCCACCUGUCCAUUUUGUCCAACUAACCCUCUCCAUUCAUCCAUGUUCCUCCAUAUUUCCCCCUUUACCCAUUUGUACAUCUCAUUCACUCAACCAUCUAAUCCAUCAGCACAACCACCCAACGUUCUCUACCAUCCAUCCAUCCAACCAUUUUGAUCUCUCCAUCCAUCCUUCCAUAAUCAGAUUCUUCUGGGUCCUGGUACUACAGAAUUUCUGAGAUUGUUCCACACUAACAACAGAGUCAAUUGAGUUUGGGAUUCUGCAAAGUCCGUUCCACAUCUGAUUUCUCACUCCCCAACACAUUAAUGUCCCAAUUCUUGUGCCUGCCUACACACAUCAGAUCUUUCUACCCCCUCGCUCUAGUUUGGGACCUCUCCAGUGCCUCAGCGUGCCCCCACCCCCAAGAAAGAAAUUCAGGUCAGAGACAAAGGCUUUUAUGUUAGAAUCAUUCUGCGCCCCCCAGCAGUGGCAUGCUGGGCGGGCAGCAUAAUUUAAGCAGUUUCUUUGGUAAUACUAGCUUCAUUCAAUGCUAAACCUCUUGUACUUAGCACAUUGUCUUAUUUAAUUUUUCCCGGAAUUCCCUGAGGCGCCACGUCAUAGCUGAGUUCAAAUCCUGACUUUUCUAGUUGGCGUUAUGACCUCCCUGAGUCUGGGUUUUCUCAACUGUGCCAGCUGAAAAACUACAACAGUACCUGCCCUGUAAGAUCGUUGUAAAAAUUCAGUGAGCACAGCCUCAUUUCCCAAAUGUAUUUGAGCCUCUGACUCACCAGGACACUGUUCAACUAACAGAUCCCCCAGGAUCCAGGAUCUAAUUCCAACUUAUGGAAUCAGAACUUCCAGGGCAGGAGCCUGGGAAUCUGAAGUUUUAACAAUUGGCUAAGUGGACAUUUAUUGAGUACUAACUGCACAGCAGUUAGUCACUUUAUGUGAACUCAUUCACUUUGAAUCCUCUCAAAUGUCCCUAAAAGGCACGUGAGGAUGGUUUCUGAUCCUCACUUUAGAGAUGAGCAAACAGGACAGAGUAAGGGAUUUGCCCAGUCACAGCUAGGAAGGGGCAGAGUUGGAACUCAAGAUCCACACAGCCUAGCUGGGGUCCAUACUGUUAAGUGUUUAUCCUGUGCCAGGCACAGUUCAAGAACCACUUCCCUCUGGAAUAAGGCUUAUAACCUAGUGCCUCAAGGGCCCUGGGUGAUUCUUAGCUGAGUGAGGUAGCCAAACAAGGCCUGGCUCAAUAAAUGUUAGCUGCUGGCUUCUA